AUGUAUCGACAAUUUUUAAAGACAAACCAUUUUAAAUUUACUGCCAUAGCAGAAAAAAAUUUUGGCCUAAUAGCUAUAAAGAAGCGGCAUUAUGCACAGGGCUCACAAAAUUCGCGUAUCGUUGUCAAGAACCCAGUGGUGGAUAUAGACGGAGAUGAAAUGACUCGUAUAAUUUGGGACAAGAUCAAGAAUACUUUGAUUUUCCCAUACGUCCAACUUGAAAUCAAAUAUUAUGAUUUAGGAAUUCAAAACCGCGACGCUACCAAUGAUCAAGUAACCAUAGAUGCUGCUGAGGCGAUCAAGAAAUACAGUGUAGGCAUAAAGUGCGCAACAAUCACACCAGAUGAACAGAGAGUUAAAG